UACCAAAUAACCUUUUCAUAUAUGUGUAUGGUGGAUACUGAACACUCUGGUGUUGCAACCUUCACCGUACUCUUCUUGGAUCUUUUUCAUAUACAGUCCCUAUUCCUUAUAUUUUGAAAAAAAAUUAGCUUGAGAAUUGAUUAAUGUUGAAUUAAAGUAAUGUCUAUACUGCAUAAAACGUAUCGGUUGUUUCGCAAACAGGCUCAUGGAAUCCAAUUGAACACAUGCCGAUGGAAUAGUACCGGCAGAAAUGGAUUCGUCGAUGAACUAUUAUCUUCUAAAAAGGCUUUAGCCAAAAUAAGUACUCUGAAGACUAGAAUUGGUUUGCAACCAGACUUUCCUGUGAAUGGUUUGGCGCAAGCCAUGAUUGAUAAAACGGCAGUGCAAAAUGCAGCACUUUCCAACGAGAAGUUAUGGACAGUGGGAAAAGUUUUUGGAGAUAUGUAUGUUUUAGAGAAAAUUAAAUGUUUAUACCCGCGACUUCCAGAGAAAGGAGUCCAGGCACUGCAUGAAGGACUGUUAGGCUCUCGCGCUUUAAAUCGCCUGGGAAAUUCUUGGGGAUUAGAAGUACAACGUUGGAAUGAAGAUCUCAAACAGGCUUAUGGAAAAGUGCUGGCGAAGACAACUGAACCAGAAACUACUCGAAUGCCUGGGGAGGUUUAUAAACCAGAUGCCAUGAAGCGAACUAUCCUUGCUAUUUUAGGAGCAGUACAUUUGGAAGGGGGUUACAAAGCAUCCAAACAGUUCGUUGACAGUCAUAUCUUCUCUCGUCAAUUAGAACCACGAACUAUGCUACAAAUUCUAUACCCGCGCAGACAACUGUCUCGAUUAUGUAGGAGACUCAAGCUCAAAGACCCUGUUUACAGAGUAGAUGCAGAAACUGGUCGAAAAACCAGGGAGCCUGUCUUCAUCAUUGGAGCUUAUUCUGGUCCAUUCUGUCUUGGUCAAGGUCAAGCAAGUAGUAUGGAUCUAGCCGAACAGCAGGCUGCUUACAAUGCUGUUCUGUCUUACUAUAUUCAUUCUCCUCCUUUUGAACAAUUCCCUAGCGAUACACUACAAACAUCAUCCGCACCAUUUUCUCCUAUUCCCUAUAUUUCACCCGGAGAGUUAGUUCUGUAAACAAUAGGGUAGGGUUCGGAAAAAGGCAGUCACUUUGUUGUGCCCAACAAUAGACACCACCAUGGAAGUAGUGUUUAUCUUUAACAAACACCA